AGGCCCAUGGCGACCUGCCCUGUCCUGCAGAAGGAGACACUGUUCCGCACAGGGGUCUACGCUUACAGAAUCCCCGCUCUGCUCUACCUGAAGAAGCAGAAGACCCUGCUAGCCUUUGCAGAAAAGCGAGCCAGCAAGACAGAUGAGCAUGCAGAGCUGAUUGUCCUUCGAAGAGGAAGCUACAAUGGAGCCACCAACCAUGUCAAGUGGCAACCUGAGGAAGUUGUGACGCAAGCCCAGCUGGAGGGCCACCGCUCCAUGAAUCCAUGUCCCUUGUAUGACAAGCAAACAAAGACCCUCUUCCUUUUCUUCAUCGCUGUCCCUGGGCGUGUGUCAGAAGAUCAUCAACUUAAAACAAGGGUUAAUGUCACACGGCUAUGUCAUGUCAGAAGCACUGACCACGGGAGGACCUGGGGCCCCAUCCAGGACAUCACAGAGACCACCAUUGGCAGCACCCACCAGGAAUGGGCCACAUUUGCUGUGGGUCCCGGGCACUGUCUACAGCUGCGGAACCCAGCAGGGAGCCUGCUGGUACCUGCUUAUGCCUACCGGAAACUGCACCCUGCCCAGAGACCUACCCCAUUUGCCUUCUGUCUCAUUAGCAUUGACCAUGGACACACGUGGGGACUGGGCAACUUUGUGUCUGAGAACUCCCUGGAGUGUCAGGUGGCUGAGGUUGGCACUGGAGCUCAGAGGGUGGUGUAUCUCAAUGCUAGAAGCUUCCUGGGAGCCAGGGUCCAGGCACAAAGUCCUAACGAUGGCCUGGAUUUCCAAAACAACCAGGUAGUGAGUAAGCUUGUAGAGCCCCCCCACGGGUGUCAUGGAAGUGUGGUUGCCUUCCACAACCCCACCUCUAGGCCAGAUGUCUUAGGCACAUGGCUGCUUUAUACCCACCCUACGGACCCCCAGAAUAGGACCAACCUGGGUGUGUACCUCAACCAGAUGCCACUAGAUCCCACAGCCUGGUCAGAGCCCACCCUGCUGGCCAUGGGCAGCUGUGCCUACUCGGAUUUACAGAACAUGGGGCAUGGCCCUGAUGGCUCCCCACAGUUUGGGUGUCUGUAUGAAUCAGAUAACUAUGAAGAGAUCAUUUUCCUCAUGUUCACCCUGAAGCAAGCUUUCCCUGCUGUAUUUGAUGCCCAGUAA